AAACAAACUAGCAACAGUUAACUCGUAUCAACAUCCCGUAACUUGAGGACAAUCAUGCGAAGAAAAAAACUUCUCUGAACUCCUAACGCGUCUCAGCUAAUCGACAAAAGCGUCACAAUAUUACGUUAGAGGAACAGUUGUGAUCAUAAAAUGAAUUUCUCAGAGGUCUUCAAACAAUCCAACCAACUUUGUAAAGUUUCCCCAGAUGGGAAAUAUUUAGCUACCUGUGUGCAGUACAGGCUGGUGGUACGGGAUGUGGGCACCCUGCAAAUCCUGCAGCUCUACACCUGCCUGGACCAGAUAUCCCACAUGGAGUGGUCUUCUGAUUCUCUCUUUAUAUUAUGUGCUAUGUACAAGAGAGGCUUGGUACAGGUGUGGUCUCUCGAACAGCCGGACUGGCACUGUAAGAUUGAUGAGGGUUCAAUAGGACUAGUCUCCUCGCGCUGGAGUCCGGAUGGACGUCACAUUCUCAACACCACUGAGUUCCAUCUGAGAGUCACCGUCUGGUCCCUGUGCACCAAAGCUGUGUCUUACAUCAAGUAUCCCAAAGCAUGUCAGAAGGGUGUAGAUUUCAGCAGAGAUGGCUCCUAUAUGGCCUUGGCUGAACGCCGUGACUGUAAAGACUAUGUCAGUGUAUUUGUGUGCGAUGACUGGCAUUUACUCAGGCAUUUUGAGACUGAGACACAGGAUCUGGCAGGGUUAGAGUGGUCUCCCAAUGGUUGUGUGUUGGCAGUGUGGGACAGCUGUCUGGAGUACAAGGUGUUGCUAUAUUCUUUGGAUGGUCGCUUGCUGUCGACUUACAGUGCCUAUGAGUGGUCUCUGGGUGUAAAGUCUGUGACCUGGAGCCCCAGCAGCCAGUUCCUGGCUAUUGGCAGCUACGAUGAAAAAGUGCGCAUCCUCAAUCACAUCACAUGGAAGAAAAUCACACAGUUUGAGCACCCGGCAACCAUCAACAACACAAAAGCUGUUGUGUACAAGGAAGUGGAGAGCAGGACAACUGUUGGUAGUGAUGACUUGUCGCUACACAACAUCAUAAUCGGCAACACCUUGUUCAACACCCAGAGCAAAUAUGAGAUCUGCCCAUUGCCGGUCCAAAUACCUGUGGUCAAACCAGACCCAGACCGUGCCAACCCCAAGAUUGGUGUCUCUACUCUGGCAUUCAGCUCAGAUAGUCGCUACCUAGCAACCAAAAAUGACAACAUGGCCAGUGCUGUCUGGGUGUGGGACAUGCAGAAGAUGAGCCUGGAGGCUGUGCUUGAGCAGAUAUCGCCCGUGCGUUGCUUUCAGUGGGACCCCCGACGCCCCCGGUUGGCACUAUGUACAGGCAACAGUAAACUCUAUCUCUGGUCCUCGGCAGGCUGCGUUUCUGUCCAAGUCCCCACUGAAGGUGGUUUCCAGGUUCAAUCACUAAGCUGGCACUGCAGUGGAGACUCUCUUAUCUUGCUUGGCAAGGAGCAGCUGUGUUUGUGCUACAUGGACACUGAUCAGGAGGACAAGUAAAUCACACAAAAACAAUAACUGGAUUACAUUUCAGACUUAUUCUGCCAUAAACACUUGGCCAGGAAUGUGUUAUGGUGGGGAUGAAGAUGUUGAACUGUAGAUGCUGACUAUUAAAUGCCCCCAAUGCAGGUUAGUGGGAUGUUGUUGAAAACCUGACAUGACAUGCUUGCAUCCUGGGAUGCAAACUAAAGCACUAGUUCCAAACACUGUGAGAUGAUUUUAUAAAGUUUUAUAGUGUUAACUUUAUUUUUAGUUGAAGUAUUUUGUAUAUGUGUUCCCAUGAAAUUGUGUAAUUAUUUUGAAUAAAUUUUGUCAUAAAUAUUGUGUUUACAAUUUAUGCAUCUAAAUC